AUGAAGCCUUUACACGAAGAGAUGUGGAACAUUGUCUUAGGUCCGAAUACGAAAACUUACUUCGUGGAUUUGUUUCCUGCGGCAAUGGGACACAAUCGUAAUCUCAAGAUCAAGAAUGCGGCUUUACCGAAAAACUUGAAUGAUCACAGAAGCUGUCGUACCACUAUAAGUCUCGUCAAUGCAGAAGGUUCCGACAUUGACACUCUCAACCAACCGCUCGUCCUCUGCACCCUGGUACCAAUGAUCAUAGAACAAGUCCGAUUAGAUUUUGGCCUCUUAUUGAACAGUGAAGCAUGCUAUAUUCUUGUGGAAGGACCCAAUCCGGUCAACAUCUGUAUGCAAGCAAUCUCUUCAACGAAACAAAGGACCGACGUCAUUGAUCAUGCUAGGACCCAAUCGCUUUCAUCUUCUCAAACCUCUCCACCUUCGCAAGCGAAAUGCCCAAACGCAAACGGAUCGCUAACUGCCUCUACAUCAACCCGAGAUCCACGACUCUUCCAACAAUCACGUUUAGGCAAAUCUGAGACACCGAUCGGAUCUAGCCUUAUCAGCAUCUCUGGGCGACUGCCGUCGUCUCUUUCAUCGACUGAAAGAACCAAUGUCAAUGUAACCGAUGGCGCGAGGACCCCGCAAUCAACUCAUAAUAAGCGCCAAUCCCUUUCAUCUUCCUACAACUCCUCACCUUCGGGGAUAGCGACGAAAGGCCCGAACGUGAACGGAAAUUUGGCAGCGACCCGAGCACUCGAUUCACGUCCUGGCAACAUGAAGGUCCAUUCUCAACCCUUUCCUCUGAAAUCUCCAGCUGUCGACUCUCGAUCUCAUGAAACAAAGACAAACUCGACUCCGGAUGGAUCUGGAGCCUUUCGCGCAUCACCGCGUGUGCAUGAUCCACGAGUUUACCAAGGGGAAGGAUUGAGCCGGGGUGAAUCUAUUACCGCUCAUCGUCCAUUGUACCUCAGACUCGAAUUCCAGCUUUCGACAACCGAUUCGAAGCAUAUCCGAAAGACCACCUUCGAUACCGACCUAAUUGCAGACACGAAACGAAUGUUCCUUAUCCUUCCAGGUUCCAUACUCCAGAGGGUCGACAUAAUGGCGGAACACCAAGGCCAUCUAGCGGGUAUCGGUUUUCCAACUAACGAUUCUGUCAAUAAACAGUAG